UGCUAUUAACCUCUGUUCCUCUCUGCUAGGGAGAUUUUUAAAGAAAGAUAUCACACCACUUUGGGGCUGGAGAAACACAGAACAGACCGAAAAUGUCCAAAAUAACAACAGAACUUCUGCUGGAAAGAGCUGUGCCGAAAUCUACAAGGCUGAGAAAGAUCAAAACUUUGAACUUGUCCAGGUUGCAGAUAACCACGGAAGAUCUGGAACCCCAAUUGUUUUCUCAUCUCCGCCACCUCCAAGAACUGGACCUUUCUGAUAACCUGUUGGAGAGGCUGCCUGACAACCUCAGCUUGCCGAACCUCCGGGUCCUGAACUGCAACAAUAACCACCUGGAAGAUGUGAUCGCUCUGCAGCAGUUCCCACAGCUGGAGGAGUUGACUUACCUGAACAAUGGAUACCUGACACCCAGUGAUGACUAUAAGGUCAUGUUUCUCCUGCGGAAUCUCCGGCAAUUAAACGGCAAAGAUAUCACCAAGCUGGCCAAUCAUGUGAGAGUUGUCAACAGCCGAGAGUUGACUAGCCGGGUCUCAGCUCACUGGGGGAAAAACUUCCGGAACCAAUUACCGAAAACAUUGUCCCCUGAGCAGUUGAAAUCGAUCAGGAAAAAGUUCAUCAGGUCUGCACAAGCCCAUGUCGCCUACGGACCCAGCUCGCUCAGCGACUUCACCCGAUGGCGGGUGAAAAUGAUUGCAGAACAAUUCCUGAAUUCACUCAUCAAUCAAGAAAAUAAAUCUGAAGAAGGAGAAACAGUGGAGGAGGAGGAAGAGGAGGAGGAGGAAGAGGAGAAGGAGGAAGAGGAGGAGGAGGAGAAAGAGAAAGAAGAGGAAGAAGAAAUUACAGAAAAUAUUGUGGAGACUGAAAGCAAGGUCCCUGCUAAGGCUACAGGCGUCCCUAGCAAGAGGAAAGGUGCUCGUUCUAAAGGAGCGAGCAAGAGGUCCCGCUCCCGGAGCAGUUCCAAGGAGGAAGCCUCUCCCACCCCCAAGAAGCCCAGCCGCUUGCAGGAUGAGCGCAGUCCUGAGGGCACAAAAUCGUCUCGCCCGCAGGCCAAGGAUUCCCCGACCGCCCAGGACCCCGGAGGGACCCAUCGGAAUGGGGGACGGCUUCCAAAAGCACAGAGCAACAAACGAGCCAGCCAGCAGAAAGAGGAGCACAAGGAGGAAGAAGAGGACGCACAAGGUGUCUGCAGCUCUCCGGUCAAGGACUUGGAAAGCGAGGAGACAAUCAGCCUGGAGCCUGUUCAUUUUCUACAGUGUCACAGUAAAGGAAACAACAGAGAUGACUUCAAGACACAGUUAUGGGCCUGCGUCUUUGAACCGCCGCUGGACUGUGGCACCAGAAAAGACCCUGUAGUGAGCUCAUCAAGGACAGCUGCUACCUGCGGGGGUGACUCGGUUUGUUUGGUUGACUGUGAGACAGGCAUUGUCUUGAAGAAGUACAAAGUGGCCGGGGAGGAGUUUUACACCGUUGCGUGGACCACCCUGACCAUGGUGACUAGCGAUGGGAGGAAGAAAAAGCACAAUGUUUUGGCAGCCGCUGGGAGACGAGGCAUCGUGAAGCUCAUUCACGUGACUGCCGAUUACUGCUACGGGGAGAUCAAGGCUCACAAGAAGCCGAUCGCGAUGGCCUGCUUCAGCCCCAUAAGUGAGACGCAUCUGUUCACUGCAUCCUACGACAAGAAAAUAUGCGUGUGGGACAUUGGUGUUCCAGACUGUGACUAUAAUUUCAAAGAAAGACAGCUGUUGGUGCUGGAGACCAUUGCUACGCCUCUCCGAAUUGCUCUCGUGCCCUCGUGCCCGGAUCGAUACCUGGUUGCUGGCUGUGAGCAAGGCUGCUUUGCCUGGGAUAUUAGACUGGAUGAUAAGCAGCAGAAAAACAGACCUUUUGAAGUGGAGUUUCAGUUCCCAAAUGAUGAAAAGAAUGAGACCUCUAACCACCGAGUUGAUGGCCUGGCUUUUCUGAAUGAAGACAUUGUGGUCACCAAGAGUUCGAAGACGGCCUCUAUCAACCUCUGGAGCUGGAGUCGCUCGUUCAAACAAGGGAAGGGUGGGCGGAGGACGGUGCAGGCCGUCAUUCUGGCUGAACUGGAGUGGUCCUCAACAGAUCUGCCUUACCUCACCCUCAGCACAUGCCCAACAGAAGAGUAUGUGUUCUGUGGCGAUGAAAAGGGAAGCGUCUGGAUGUAUGACCUUAGCAACCACUUAUCUGCUCUGAGCGCAGCCAAGGAAGAUUCUUCGACCAAAAGAAUAGGGCCUUCGCAGGUACUGAAGUGGCCCGAACUGAAGGCGAAUGGUGAGCUGCUGACAGAUGUCUUGGUAAACAACGUGGUCACGGACCCCACGUUCACAUACCUGGUUGCCCUGACUGAUGUAAACAUUGCCGCAAUAUGGAAGAAAACCUAGCUGUGCUGGCUUUUCGCCCCAAGAAAUAGGAGCCACUUUUGUCUCAUCCACGUUUCAGUAGUGCAGUAUUUGUGACCGUUCGGAGAAUAACCAGGGAUGGGUGGGUGGGUGAAUUUUAAGUUCCACAUGUAUCAAUGCAAGAAAAUCAACCAAAGGCAUUGGCUAGAACCACGUGUUGUUGCCGCCAAUGCCCACAUCUCUUAACUGUGAAUUUGAUUUAUUGGUGUAUUAAGUGUAUUUGUUUUAUAGAAGGACAGUAUUUAAUAAAACUUGAUACGAGGUAACGGGAAGCAGCUCUUUUAAAAUAAAAUGGGAAAGGAAAUAAA